AUAACAUCAAGGACCUCCUACUACUUGCACUUUCCAUUUUCGUCCUUAGAUGUUUAAUUGGAGAAUGAUCCUUGAAGUGAAAAAAAUCUUAAUUCAGUUUGAAUGCAUACUGUAGGGGGUACGCUUGUCUGUUGGUCUGCAUUUUCUCAAAAUAAUCGGUGGAUAACGUGGUUUUAAGUGAUAAUAAUUCUUAGUGCCUAGAUUAUUACGAAGAUGUGUCCAAUAUCAGGACUGGUCCAGUUUCUGAUAGUGCUGGUAGCGUUGUUACUACUGUGCCAUGCAAUCGUGGUGAGAACCUGUCAGAUCCACUUCAAACCAUCAUCCAUAUCAAAGUUGAUCAUGUACGAUACAGUCAACGUUUCCUACAAUAUUAUCAGUGAUACGGGACCAUAUAAUUCGGAUUAUUUGAUAUACAGUGAAAAUAAAGACAUCGCAGGUCUACCCAAAGACGAGAUAUUGAUAUCUAAUUCCCUGAACAGUUUAUCAGGCACAUUAAACAUAACUGGGAAUUUUCUAGGUAAAACGUCGAUAAAAUGCAAGAACCGUCUGACGAACAAAGUUUCAUCAGAAAAGCUAGAUGUCAUAGUGGUGCGCAGAAAGAGAGUGAUAGACAUUGUGUUUACGGCUAGUGUUGCCAUGUUGGUUAGCAUACUCUACAUCAAUUUCGGAUGCGCUAUAGAUUGGAGUGAGCUGUCCAAUAUACUGAAAAGACCUGUGGGACCUGCCAUUGGGUUUUUUGGACAGUUUGUCAUCAUGCCAUUGUUGAGUUACGUGUUGGGCCUGGUAUUGUUCCCCGACUCCCCAGAGAUGCGUCUGGGCAUGUUCUUCACCGGCGUGUCUCCAGCGGGCGGCGCUUCGAACGUGUGGGCGGUUGUUCUGGAAGGAAACAUGAGUCUCAGCAUCAUCAUGACCGCUAUCAGUACCAUAGCAGCGUUCGGCAUGAUGCCGCUAUGGAUAUUCACACUAGGCAAGAGCAUAUUUGACAGUGCCGACCUCAGAGUGCCUUACAAGGAAAUUUCAACAUAUGUCAUAGCUCUGAUAGUGCCUUUAGCUAUUGGUUACUUAAUACAAAGGUACCUGAAGAGGUUAGCAACAUUCAUGACAAGAAUUAUCAAGGGCUUCUCUGCUUGCCUGAUACUAUUUAUCAUAAUCUUCGCCAUCGUUACCAACCUCUAUUUGUUCCAGUUGUUUUCAUGGAAGAUAAUUUUGGCUGGCAUGGGUCUUCCUUGGAUAGGCUACCUAGCAGGGUAUCUUUGUGGUUAUAUUCUGAGACAGCCUCACCCAGAUAGCCUGACUAUAGCAAUAGAAGUGGGAAUACAAAAUACGGGCAUUGCGAUAUUUUUGUUGAGGUUUGCACUGCCACAACCUGAGGCCGAUCUCACUACAGAUUACUUGAACUUGAUUUUAUAUUUUUCUUUCAGUUGCACCUGUAUCCGUUGCCAUGCUAACCCCUAUACCUUUGAUGGCAAUUUAUAUUUAUCAGAGGAUGAAAGCCAGGCUAUAUAGCUCUCACUCAAAACUGACCAGCUACGAGCCCCAGAAAUUACAGAAGCUGGACGACAACUGCAACGGAGAUAUAAUCUCACCCGUCAGCGAAAUCGUGACGCUCACGUAGCCGCACCUUUACCGCGCAUUUUAUAUUUAGUUAGGGCGACGUCCUCAAGUAGUUGCUCAGAGUGUACGCAGAUGUUUUAGGGUAGGCGUAGACGUUGAUGGAGACAAAUGAUACUGCUUUUUGCGUUUGAUUAUUAAGGGGGAGCAUUAAGGAUUUAACUAUGGUUACGGAGUUGCGUCGUGUAAUCUAUAUUCAAAAACAGCGCUACAGUAACAAAUAGUACAUUACAUGCCUAGGUUGAAAAGUAAGCAAUUAUUGGUCGCACACUUUUAUAUUUAUAUAAGAGAAGACAUUUCGUGAAAUGUCUUUAUAAUCCUCGUGUCGGCCUUAUUAACCUUGGGUAUUAUAUUAGGGAAAUUGACAGCAAAUUUUUGGUUACAUCAUUGCGUACUGAUAUGAUACGAUAAAAACUGGUCAAAUCUUACAAAUGUUGAUGCUAAACAAAGAACUCGCCAAGACGAUUUGACUAGAUUUUUGAGAUAUUAGUACGCGAUGUAACCAAAACUUUGCGGUCGGCUCUUGGACUAUUAUUAGUUUGGUUUGGUUUAUACCGACGUGGUGUUGCCAAAGUGUCAUGAAAUGUUUAGAAAACACUACAUUUGCACUUAGCAGAAUUAAGUUCAGUUCUUUUCAUUGGCAACUAUGUCAAAUACACAGACCAUUGGUCAAGUAGCAAGUUGAUGUUAGAAAAAAGUUGAAUUUGCAGCUGACAUUCCUCUUUUAAUACCAAACUAAAUCGUGUAAUAUUUGGCGUAGGGCCCUGAAAGUUGAAUAGUUAUGUGAUAACUUACAGAUUUUGAGAAUAACUUGUGUUUACAUGCGUCUGGAGUACCAGUGGUGCUUUGACAGGGUUGCCAUGUUGGGGGAUAUUUCUUCAAAUUUGGGGGAUUUUUACUUAGGGAUUUUUUUGAGGAUAUAAUGUUCUGGGGGAUGUCACAUGCUUCGCGGAUAGAAAGCACCAUACUGUUUAAACCGUACCUAUCCCUCUCCAUUAAAUAAUUGUGAUUUGUGGGAUUUUUUUGAAAAAGUUGCAAUUCUGAGGGAUUUUUGUGCUUGUUCUGAGGACAUUCUGUCCGACCCAUCUCGCAAGAUUGUGCUUUGAGAAAUCCGUCUUUAGCUCAAUGUAAAUUAACUCAACAAUUUUUACUUAUUCCUUUUAAAUCCUUGGUGUAAAUAUUCGGAAAUCUGCUGGAAAUGGUUACUGAUAUUUAGUUAUUUGUGAAGAACUGUUGAAAAGUGUCACUUUUUGCGGUGAUGAAUUGUUUAACGAAGGACAACAGUAACGUGUUUAUUGCUUGGCACUCCCGCUAUUCUUCAAAAUUUCACUGAAAAACUCAACAAGAAUCAUGAAAUAAGUAAUUGAAGAUGGAUGAAACAGCUAUGUCAAAUUCUCAUAGAUGGCGCUACAGUAUUUCAUUUUAUCUUGCAGAUUUUUUGAGUGCAAUAAUACAGCAUUAGGAUGACUACUUUUUAAGUACAGUGGUACCCAAACUUCUGGAAUACAAAUAAACACAAUAUUAAUGGGGGAUGCACUUGAUGGAUUGACGGCAAAUUAUGAAUAUUUGGCUUCAGUUUUGUUAGGAAUAAGCGCGAAUUUCAUCGGUCUGCAAUAUUCAGUCUGCUCCUUUUUUAUGUUAAUAGAUUUGUGAUAACAAUCUUUUGCGAAUACGUACGAGGAGGAAAACGUUAUCGAGUCCAGAAUAUUUUUCGGGUAUUUCUAACAAAUGGUCUUUUUUAAAUUUUACCGUCAGCUCCUCAUUACUAGUUUGAGCAGUUCGACUUGUAACACUGCAUUUGCUACUUCAAUUUUAUCGAAUAGGUCUGUGAUCCAUCGCUCAGAAUUUCGUCAAGUCCGUUAAAAUAAAUAUCGAUUAUACAAUUUUUUACGAGGGACAGUCGCUGGCUUUCUUAAAAUAUUAUCUCAGAAAUCAUUUUUGUUCCUUACUAUCGAAACGAGAUAAAUUAUCGUGAUCCCUCACUUACAACUAUGAACCCCCAUUCACACCAACAUACGAGGUCUGUAAAUUGAAGAUGUGAGAUUUUGAAAAAAAAAAUUAUUCAAACGCAGAAGUACCCGAAUCCUGUCGAUAUUUUCAUCGGUUCUUCAAGAUGAAGGCUGUCCUCUUCGUGAUUCAUGAAAUACCUUAAACCACCGAAAAACCUCGGCUCUUGACAAAACACUAUCUCCUUAGGUCUGCUGAAGUUUAGUACAAGUUUCCAUUGCACUGUGUCUAGGUCUGAAGCAAAACUUGAGAUUUUUAGAACACAAUAGUAAAAACUGUUUCUCAAAAAAAAAUCGCUUCAGACAACCAAGUAACUCGAGCGAGUUCAAACUUGUACUGAAGGCGGAUCACAUGUUCCCUUGUCUCCCCUCCAAGCCCGGCGGCGCCUCCAGUGUCGCCAGAUCAAGCGCUACGUUGCCAAUCUCAUCACUUAAUUUACAGACCUCGUAGACCCCGUUGAGUGUCCCAUGGACCCCUCGGUGUCCUCUUGGACCACUCUGGGAAUCACUAAUCUAGUAGGCUACGCUAGUUAAUAGCAACUACAAUAAAUUGUGAUGAAUUCUGACAAUAAAUCUAACCGUAGAUUAGGUGCACUUACCCAUUGCACUGCUCAUUAUUGUUUGUGCUUUUCCGAUAUCUUCUACAAUAGACGAGUACAAUGUUAAUUUUUUUCUAUUCAUCCAUUAACGUCCUGAAAUUCAUAUUUCUCACGUUCAGGGUCGGCUCCAGAGUUUUGUGCGUCCUCAGGCAAAGGAUGAAAUACUCCUCACAUUACGAAUGUUGCGUCACGUGACACUGCGCCCUGUGGCUGCUACCUCACUUCAUACCGCCUGUAGCCGGCCCUGCUAACCUUAAGGGCUCGCGCAGACAGACAAGCCUUCAGCGUUCAUGCCGCGUUCGUCCGGUCAGUUCGUCUUACGAGUCCUAACACAGACAGGAGGCAGGCACGAGCACUGCAUUCCAUUUUAAGAAGAUUACUCGUAAGUGAAACGUGUAUUUCAAUAGUUCGUCUUCAGAAGACGAAGUAUUGCUUUUGUGGAGAUUGGAAGUGUCUAAUAAGAAAAAGAGGUCUGGGUGGAUCAGAUUUAUUAUGAGAAAGAUGAAAAAGCAGAGGUCAGUGUUCCUUUUAUUUACUUUAUUAUUAUUAAGUAGUUUUAAUGAAUUCAUGAUUAUAUAAAAAAGAGGAAAUAGAGAAACACGACACCAACUGGAGAAAGGAUAUAUCUACUAAAGAAAGAUUGGCAAUAUGUUCCCAUUUCCGCGGCUAUUUUAAGCCAUGCUGCAUUUUUACAACUAUUUUUAUAGACUGUCACACAAGAACUUAUAGAAAGCCAUCUUGCGGACGAGGCGUUCCACGAGUUCUUUGUAUUUCUGACAAUAGAACGCAAGAACGUGAGCGUUAACACUGAACGGUGCGGUUUGACUGCCGCUGUGUCAGCGCGACUCUGAUAUCUAUUUUACUUACAAAGAACGUGGAACUCGGAACGCUUGAACGCCUUCUGUCUGCGCAACCCCUAAUAUUUCUUCUUUAUGGAGCACAGUUCAGAUGUCUGAAAGUGUCUUUUGAAGUCUUGACAAAGCUUAGUAUCUUACAGUCAAAUUCUUCACGAAAUGUAGUAAUCAACGAACCUUAUCGCACAAUGUGUUUGGAUGUAUAAAAUUCAUUUGUCCUAUCCAGUGCCUGAAGUGUCCCAAACGACAUUUUGCAGUAUUCUGAGAACAAGCUGUUUUUUGUUGACGUGCAAUAGACUCGACCUUCAAAGUAUGAACCUUAAUGAUUGUCCUCAAUAUAACUGUUAUAGCAGAUUUUUAACCUUUAGUUUAUAGCUUGCAUAUAUUUAUAAGUUUUCAUUUGUCUCUCUUAUGCAUAAGCCUAUUCUGUAAUUUAUUUCUCGUAGCUGUCAGAAAAGGAACGUAUUUUAAAAUGAAUUGUUUCGUAUAUUUAAGCAGUUACAGUUGAUACUUAAUUAUUUAUGGAAUUACAUUACGUUUUUCGGUGUGCGUAGUUAUAACAGUAUUUUUGAUCUGUAUUGUUUUGUUGUCUUUCCUGAUAGUUAUAUAUUUUGAAAAAAUAUGUAGUAUUUUUGCUACAACAGGAAAUAUUUUAAC